CAUCAUCCUGCAUGCCAGCUAACAGAGCUGUUGUUUGGAAUUCAUUGCAAUGGGGCGGCCAGCACUGUCAACAGUGCUCAGCAUUGCUUGUCAAUGGCAUUACUAGCUUGAGGCCCAUUUCUGAACGCCACUGAUCAACCAUGUCCCUCUCAAAGCCCACCCUGACGCCUGCAAUGCAGCGGCUGACCAGCCGCGUCAAGGAGCGGGCAGCGGACGUCAAGGAGCGCGUGCGGCACACCCUACACUCCUCAAGUGAAAGGUUUUCCGCUGACGAGGUGGAGGACUAUGAUUCAUAUCGUUCGUACAGCAGUCCUCCCAUCAGGGAACAGCAUGCAGGGGGGGUGCCGAUCUCCCCAUCUUUUGGGGGGGCACAGCGGGCAGGAGCGGGAGCUAUCUCAAGCUCAUAUAGAAGAGGGGAGCAACUAGGAGGGGGAGACACAUCCGAAGGGGGAACAGAGACGGACGGGGAUGACUCGCGGUCCGACGUCACUGAUCCAUAUGUUGAGGAAGUUGAGAACGAGGCGUGGGGAAACAGACCGGGGAUUGCGGUGCGCAAGAUUCACGUGGCUGUGUGUGCCGCCAGGAACUUGAUGGCAAAAGGGGCAGACGAUAGCUCGGACCCAUUCUGCAUCCUGGAGUUUGAUGGGAAGCAGAAACGCACGACAACGAAGGUGGACUCACUGAACCCUCUGUGGGAUGAAGAGUUCGUCUUCACAAUCCCGCACGCCAGCACCCUCCCGGGCAGUGCGGCGGCAAAGCAGGAGACCCUCGAGAUCAGUAUCUACAGCCGCAGCCGAACAAAGAAGCAUCACGGUUUUCUUGGGCGCGUGCGGUUUCCGAUUAACUUCUAUGGGGAGAGCGAGGGCAUCUUGCCCCGGGGGCAGGAAAAGCUCAUAUACUACCCCCUCGAAAAGCGGAGCCUGCUGUCCCGGGUCAAGGGGGAGAUCGGGCUGAAGCUCUGGUACGACGAUACCCCCCGAAGCGAGGAUUACGACUCGGACGCUUCGAUCGAGGGGCCCCGUUCCCCAGGGGACGACGAAUCCGACUUCGACGGGGGGUCCGUAGCAGUCUAUGCCAAGGACAACCGGCGGGGGGGGAUUCACCAGCAAGGCAACGUGGCCCACGUGGUGACAGGCGUCAGCAGCCCAUUCGACCUUGUGGACCAGGUGGAGUACCUGUUUGUGCGCGUGCUGCGCGCGCGGGCGCUCCUCGCGGCCGACUCCAACGGAACGAGCGACCCGUACGUCAAGAUUCACGUGGGGCCCCGCUCGGCACAGACACGCGUGAUCAAGCACGAGCUGAACCCGGAGUGGAACGAGGUGUUUGCCUUCAACAAGGCCCCCGGCUCGGGAAGCGACCAGAACCACAUCGACCGGGAGACGGGGGUGCUCGAGCUCAGCGUCUGGGACGAGGACUUUCUGACGGCGGACGACUUCUUGGGCCAGAUCCAGAUUCCGCUGCACUCAGUGCCGAUGCGUGUGUACCCCGAAAAGGGCGUCGACCCGCAGUGGUUCAAACUAGAGAGGCGGUCGCUCAAGGACGCGGUCAAAGGCGACAUCAUGGUGGCGGUGUGGUUCGGCACGCAGUCCGACGAGGCGUUCGCGAGCGCGUGGCAGUCGGACACGGGGGGGCUGCCCCAGUUCCGGUCCAGAUCAUAUGCGACCCCCCGGAUGUGGUACCUCCGGGUGACCGUCAUCGAAGCGCAAAACCUCACGGCGACCGACGCAGGCGGGAGCGACCCGUUCGUCAAGGUCAAGCUGGGCUCCACGCAAGAGGCGCGCACCAAGCCGCAGGCCUCCACGCUGAACCCUGUGUGGAAGGAGGACCUGUUCUUCGUUGUGGCGGAGCCGUUCGAGGACUCGCUGCUGCUCACGGUCGCCGACUUUAAUCCGUACAGCGCAAACGACUUCCUGGGGCAGAUCCGGAUCCCGCUGGGCAGCAUCGAGACGCGGCUGACCAACCGGGAGGUCGGCUCACGGUGGUACGCUCUCGACAAGGGCGACAACCGACGCGCCGUCAGCGGGCGGCUCCACCUGCGGCUCGUGUUCGAGGGGGGGUACCAUAUCAACGACGGCUCGGUCACGCACAACAGCGAUUCGCGCCCCACCGCCAAGCAGCUGUGGCGGCCCCCAAUUGCAACUCUUGAGCUGGGGAUCAUCGGUGCGGCGGGGCUGCCGAUCAUGAAGACGAAUAGCGCGACUGGGGGGGGUACGACGGACGCGUAUGUCGUGGCCAAGCACGGGAAGAAGUGGGUGCGCACGCGCACUGUGAAGGACGAGAGCGCGCCGCUGUGGAACGAGCAGUACACGUGGGACGUGCACGAGCCGUCCACGGUGCUCACCAUCGGCGUCUUCGACAACCAGCACACGCGCCACACCGCGCUCGAAAAGGCGCGCAACAAUAAGGACAAGCCGCUCGGCAAGAUGCGCAUCCGGCUGUCGACUCUGGAGGGCAACAAGGUGUACCGCGGCUCGUUCCCGCUUUUUUUGCACAAGAAGCGCAUCACUCCAAUGGGCACCCUCGACCUCGCCAUCCGCUUCACGUACCCGUCCUCCCUCCCCAUUCUGCGCCAGUACCUGCGCCCCGUUCUUCCUGCGAUGCACUACCUAGAUCCUAUCGGAAAAGACGCGGCGGAGACGCUGCGGAUCUCAGCGAUGAAUCUGGUGGCAGACCGGUUGGCGAAGUAUGACCCGCCGCUGCGGCGAGAAGUGGUGGAGUAUAUGCUGGACACGGACGAGAUGCUGUUCACGAUGCGGCGCAUACGGGCCAACUGGAACAGAAUCAAGGCCGUCUUCUCGGGCGUCCCGUGGGCACUGCAGCAGUUCAACCGGGUGUGCCAGUGGCGCAGCCCCCCCCUGACGCUGACCGUGCACGGGGUGUUCAUCUUCAUGGUCCUGCGCCCGCACUUCAUCCUGCCCACCGUUCUCGCCAUGCUCGUUGGCAGGGGGGCCUUCUACUUCCAGCACCGGCCGCGGGGGCCCGCCAGCAUGGACCCCCGGUUAUCGGGCGGCGAGGAGCCGGAGGAUGACGUGGACGACGAGGAGGACGAAGAGGAGCUGAUGAAGGGCAAAGAUAAGACGUCCAUCAAGGUCAUCCAGAACCCGUACCGCAACUACAAGAUCAUCAAGGCGCGCUUUGACAAGAUGAAGGGCUACGCGGCGCUGGUCCAGAACAUUCUGGGCCAGAUCGCGGCCCAGGGGGAGCGCCUGACCGCGCUCCUCGAGUGGCGCGACCCGCGCGCGUCCACGGCCUUCUGCUCCUUCUGCGCCAUCAUGGCCGUCUUCCUCUUCUUCGCGCCCAUCAGGUACGUCGCCAUUUUGGUGGGCUGCUUCAUCAUGCGCCACCCGCGCUUCCGCAACCCCCUCCCGCCCGCCCCCGUGAACCUCUUCCUGCGGUUGCCGUCGUUGGAGGACCGGAUCAUUUGACGAGGGGUGCGCCGGAAGUCGGGUGGUUAGAAAGUAGGGCCGGCCGAUGGUCGGGGUGCGUGAGCUAGUUUCAGCGGAAGCUAAUAUUCAGCGCAACGGUCUGGAUCAGUGUAAAAACCGGGAUUUGCAAAUUCGUUGGCCGCGAUGUGUUCAAAUAUCGGAUUCUGGGGGCCUCAGAAGCGCGACACGAGACCCCCGUAUGUGGUAAAGGGAGCUUGCUGGGUUGAGAUAGGGAGUCGAAUGAAGGCUUGCAUAGUGCGUGUACAGACCACUAGCCUGGAUAGCAGCGUAGGACAACCGUUGACCGCGUGCAGUCCAUUUUUGUCAUUGUUCACAUAGGUACGUUGAGUCGGAUCGCACAGGACAUUGAUCAAGAUUGGGCUUACUCUUCCCGAUAUUUGGCACGGCUGCAUGAUCAGUUACUUAAAGUUGAAAUCUGAACGUAACUGCACGU